AUAAAAUUUAUAGUACAGUGAAGGCCGAAAGAGCAUCGAUCGCGAUCUGUCGGUAGUUCCCGCGAUCGUUGCAAGCAUCAAAGAAUUUCGAUUCGCUUUCAGCUCAGUCCCUUUCGGAGGUUUCUUGGAUGCGCACGAAGCUUCUCCUAAGAAGUGUAAUCAGGGAGGAACGACCGGACAAUACGAGAAGGCGAGAGCGUCUUCCCGACGGGGUGUGUGCUGGAUUGUACCGAAGGAAAAGACGGGAAUACGGUGGCGGUGUGCUGCUGACUUACAUUAUUAUUUAUUGAUGCGCUUCCGAGGCUAGCCGCUACAUACCUUCUCGACCGGUCGAGGUGAUAAUAGGUCAACGAAUAAUUAAGCGCGCUUAUACUGGCAGCCAAUGAGCUCGAUUGGUCUUGCUUAGUGAUCCCCGCGACAAGUGUUUGUGUGGUUUUCGAGGAUUCUGACUAAAAGAUGAAGAUUAAGUUUGUUUUGAUUUUGGUGUGCUUUUUGGCCAGCUGUGUGUUCUCAUACAUAGUAGAACCGGGACCCGUUAUUAAGGCUACGAAAGGUGAAAUAUGGCCCAAACCAAAGGAACAAACCACCUCCAAUCGAUACAAUGCUAUCAAACGAACAACGUUUCAUUUCAAGACUGCAAACUACACGUGUGACAUCCUAGAGAAAGCCAUCGAACGCUACCAAAAGCUUAUCGUCGACGAAGCGAAUGAUGUCCGGAGAUCAAUAUACAGUGCAGCGGCUCUGGGCAAUGAAGUGCCCAGAAAAUCCUGGCGUUCAGAUGUGAAUUUUAAUGGUUACCUUGACGAAGUAAAAGUCGAUCUAAAAUUGCCUUGCGAAACUCUGCCACAUCUGGGAAUGGAUGAGUCUUAUGACAUUACUGUUGACGAUGCACAAGCCAGUAUUGCAUCUUAUUCCAUAUGGGGUAUUUUAAGAGCACUAGAGUCCUUUUCGCAGAUGGUUGUCCUGGCCGAUGAUGGUUCCAUGCUUCGCAUAAACUCCACCACCAUAAGAGAUCGUCCGAGAUUCUCCCAUCGAGGCUUGCUGGUAGACACUUCACGGCAUUUUGUACCGGUGUGCACUCUCUUAAAAAUUCUGGAUGGAAUGGCCUACAAUAAACUGAACGUUUUUCAUUGGCAUAUUGUUGACGAUCACAGUUUUCCUUACCAAAGUCAAGUUUAUCCGGAAUUAAGCGCUAAGGGAGCCUAUCAUCCGUCAAUGGUCUAUACUCCGGAAGACGUUAAGAAGAUCAUAGAAGAAGCACGACAACGAGGAAUCCGUGUUAUGGUGGAGUAUGACACACCAGGACACACUCGCUCGUGGGGUGUUUCUCAUCCCGAGCUUUUAACCACAUGUCAUGAUGAGUACGAAGGCAAAUUAGGACCGAUGGAUCCUACGAAAGAGUUGACCUACACGUUCCUAUUCAAUCUUUUCCAAGAGGUAGUCAAAGUUUUUCCUGAUCAGUAUGUUCAUCUUGGCGGCGAUGAAGUUGGCUUCGAAUGCUGGGCUAGUAAUCCGGACAUCAUGGAAUACAUGAAACAAAACGGUCUGUACUCGUUUGAGAUGCUGGAGGAAAAAUUCAUCCAACGAGUUGUGGAUCAGAUUGAUGUUUUGAACAGGAGUUCACUUGUUUGGCAAGAAGUUUACGUCAACGGAGUGCGACUUCCCAACGGAACGGUUGUCCAUGUGUGGACUGGAAACCGACAGGAUCUUCUCCACCGAAUAACACUCGAAGGGUUGCCAGCGCUUCUCUCCUCCUGUUGGUAUUUGGAUCAUCUCGCUACGGGCGGGGACUGGCGCAAGUAUUAUAAUUGUGAUCCACAUGACUUCGUCGGUACACAGCAUCAGAAAGAUCUGGUGCUUGGAGGUGAAGCAUGCAUGUGGGCCGAAGUGGUCAAUGAACACAACAUCUUGCAACGCAUUUUCCCACGAGUUUCUGCCACGGCUGAAAAGCUUUGGUCACAGGAAGAUGUUGACGAUGCCGACGAAGCUGCCCAUCGACUGGAAGAACAUGCAUGCCGUAUGAAUAAGCGUAAUAUUCCUGCCCAGCCACCGAGUGGACCGGGAUUUUGUUUGUAAAACUAAUAGCACAUAAUAAAUUUUUGGAUAAAUGUUA